AGCUGAUUGCCUCUGGGCAGUGUCAGGUGACUCUUCCCCAUCAGCUCCACCCGCAAGAUAUCCCCACUUCUGACGGUAUCAAGAUGAAGUACAAUCCUGGCGUCUCUUCGUCACGCCGCAAGGCGCGCAAGGCCUAUUUUACUGCCCCUUCAUCCGUCCGCCAUAGCCUAAUGUCAGCCCCUCUCUCGAAGGCUCUCCGCAAAGAGCACAAUGUGAGAUCACUCCCCAUUGCUAAGGGGGAUGUAGUCAAGAUUCUGGUUGGCAAACAUAAGGGUCGAGAGGGGAAGGUCACAACUGUCUACCGGAAGAAAUGGGUGAUUUUCAUUGAACACGUUACGCGCGAAAAGAGCAACGGCUCGACCGUCCAGCUCGGUAUACGUCCGUCCAACGUUGUUAUUACCACCCCCAAAAUCGAUAAGGGCCGCAAGAGGAUGUUACAGCGGAGGGCAUUUGCAAGAAGCCGACCAAGAUCUGGGCAAGAUGAUUCAGUGAAUGAUGUUGUCAUGCAGGAUGCCGAGGCAACUCAGGCCUAAAUUCAUAAUUGCAGCUCUCCUUCGUGUUCACUUCAUGCCAGUCUCGGUCUAUGUUAUGUAUUCACGCAAUGCAAUUACAGCCUAUCGAUCGCCCCCCUGCGUCUCACCCCCCUUUGAGCCGGUUGUGGUAUUAUAGGCAUCUAUGGCAUAUGCUAAAAAAUGACAUCGGCAUCUUUCGUAGCCAGCAAAUUUUCCGUGGUGUUGUCGAAGUUAUCCACUAUAGCACUAUGAAGUUGUAUGCUAUCCUCCUUGGCAGCUUUUAGUGCGGCUUCGGCAGCUUCUGCAUCCCUCUUUUUCUUUCCCUGCACCUUCUUCAGCCUGUUCAUCGGAAUAUCGGUAUGAGAAAUAGAAGUACAGUAACCAACGCAUGGCACAUCACCUGAAAAAUUCCUCGCGAUCAGCU